AUGGGCAUCAGAGAGGAACUGCGGAGCCGUCAAUUCUGGUGUUGCUUGUUGGCAGAAGCAUCUGGCACCCUCAUCUUUGUCUCAGUAGUGCUGGGUGCUUCCUCCCCUGCUGGUCCUAAACAAGUGCUCCCUCCUCCACUCCAGCCAGCUCUUGCUGCAGGGCUGGUUGCCAUCAGCUUGGCACACUGCUUUGGCAAGGUCAGUGGCGCCCAGGUCAAUCCAGCACUCACUGUGGCUUUCCUGUGCACUCGCAAACUGGAUGCUCUGCAUGCUGCAAGCUAUAUCCUGGCCCAGUGCCUAGGUGCCAUCCUAGCAUCAAGUGCCUUCUUCCUCAUGCUGCCUGCCUCAGCCAUUGGGCAACUGGUUACCAAGGUGAGCAGUGAAGGGAAUGCUGGACAAGCCCUGGGAAUGGAGGCUUUCUCCACAUUCCAGCUAGCUCUCACCAUCUUUGCUGUAGAAGACCAUCGGCGGCGUGAAUUGGGGGAGCCCAGCAUCUUGGCUAUUGGCUUCUCUGUAGUGGCAGGAGCCCUAGCUGCGGGCAUAUUCUCUGGGGGCAGCAUGAAUCCAGCCCGAUCACUGGGACCAGCUGUAGUAACAGGAAUCUGGGAACAUCACUGGGUGUACUGGCUUGGUCCCAUCUUGGGUGCUGUCCUUGCUGGAAUGUCUUACGAAUUCUUCUUUGCUAGCACUGCUUCACGGGACAAGCUAAUUGCCUGCCUGACCUGCCAUGAGAUUGAGAUUGUGGAGGCAGCCAGCAUGUCUCGUUCUUCACCCUCUGCUUCUGCUCACACCAAACCUCCUUGCAAGGGGGAACAUAGUGCUGAAUAGGAGACAGCAACAUCCUGUCUUCUUGCCUUCUCAUAAUCUU